AUGAAAGUGGCGGUGGUAAAGGAGAAGUCGACUCGUGUAACAAUAUCUUUAACGGGUAAAAAAGAUAGAAAUGGUGUUGAAGAACAAAAACAAAACCAAAGUUUUACAUUUGCUUCCUUUUGUUGCAUGACUACUAGUGAAGGUUCCCAACCACCAAAGCCUAAUGGUACUCCUAAUGCUCAAGGAGCUCCAAUGAUGAGCAUGCCAGUCAAUCACGCUAAGAAACCUAAGAAAUUCUUAACUGAAGAGGCUCCUCGAAUGCCUGAAGGAGAAGGAAAUGUGCAAGCUUUAACUACUAUUGAUGCUUGGAAACAUUCUGAUUUCUUGUGUAGGGAUUAUGUUCUUAAUGGCCUUUUUGAUUCACUUUAUAAUGUUUAUUGUGUAACAAAGACAACCAAAGAACUUUGGGAAUCAUUGGACAAAAAGUAUAAAACUGAAGACGUCGGGACAAAGAAAUUUGUGGUUGCCCGAUUUCUUGACUAUAAAAUGGUGGAUGACAAAACUGUUAUGUCCCAAGUCCAAGAACUACAAGUCCUCCUACAUGACAUGCAUAUCGAGGUAUGGGAGGAGCAUAAGAUAGCUCAAAAGAGUAGUUAUACCCCUAUUUCUGAGAAAGCUAGUGUGGUGGAGCAUGGUAAAACUUAUGGGAAGAACAAAUAUGGAAAGGGAAAACUCCAAAAGAAAGGCAAGCGUUCAAACUUAGGAGCAAAAGGUGGAACUUUUAAGAAAAAGUUUCAAGGAAACUGCCAUAACUGUGACCAAAGGGCUCAUCGGGCUGCAAAUUGCAAGCUUCCAAAGAAGGCUAAGGAGGCAAAUGUUCUGGAGAAGAUAACCAAAGAUGUGUCUAACAUCAAUCUUGCAGCGAAUAGAGAAUGGUUCAGAAACUUCAAGGUUGUGGAUAACGCUGACAAGCUGUUCAUGGGAAACUCGGCCACUUCUGAUAUCCAAAGUGUUGGAAAGAUUGUGUUGAAGAUGACUUUGGUAAGAGAGCUAACUUUGAAUGAUGUGUUGUAUGUACCCGAAAUUCGUAAGAAUCUUGUGUCGGGUUAG